AAGUUCUCUCUCUCCGAACUUGGAAGGAAGCAGCUGAGAAAUUGAAGUCUUGAUCUUCAUCAUAAAUAUAUAGUUAAGUUAAUUUACAAAUCUCAUCAUCAUCUUUCCUCUACAAGGCUUCAGCUUUCAGAUCAAUAACAAUGAAUCAAAACGGAAGAAUUCAAGACUCUCUAACUAUUGCCAUGGACGAAAAGCUCACUCAACUCUCCAACAAUUAUCGACACGAGCCAUUCAUCCAUUGCGUCUACGAUCGCCUCCGUCGCCAAAACGAAAGAGCCUACGAGCCCGAACUGCUCGCCAUAGGCCCCUAUAACCGAGGCAAGCCAGCCCUCCAAGUAAUGGAAGAGCACAAACGUCGAUAUCUUCAAUUGCUUCUCCAACGUCGCGAAGAAUCUAGCGUAGAUAGAUACGUGACGGCCAUACGGGCCCUUGAAGAGAGGGCACGAGGAUGUUACGCGGAAGACAUAUGUCUCCAUGCAAACGAUUCGUUCGUGGAGAUGCUGAUACUCGACGGUUGCUUCAUUGUAGAACUAUGUAGAAAGUCCGCUAACAAAAGCAUGGCGGACCAUCGCGAUGUUUUGUUCAAGGGGGAUUAUUUACACCAUUGGAUUUGGCGCGACAUGUUGUUGUUCGAGAACCAAAUUCCUUUCUUCGUCCUCGAUGAAUUGUUCAACAUGACAAAAAGUGCCCACGAGGAUCGCGAAAAAAGGACAAUGGUUGAUUUACUAUUGUCGUUUUAUAGUGACACGAGGAAAUACUAUCAUUAUCACACGAAAUCGUCGGGAAAGAAUCAUUGGCUCCAAAGUGCUUCGCGUGGAAUUGACUCGGGAAAAGUGAAGCACAUUCUCGGCUUGAUUCACCUUCUCACCACAAAAUCGUUCAAGGAGAAGCUAUCUUCGAAACAAAGCCCUGCCCAAAACUGUGAUUCAUCGGUGAGGUGGGAGUUCAUACACAGCACUACUGAGCUACGCGAGGCGGGGAUCGGGUUCAGAGCGAAGCACGAUUCGUCGUUGUUCGACAUAACGUUCUCAAACGGGAUGCUUGAAAUAUCUCUCAUAACGGUUGAUGAUAAAACCGAAUGCCUAUUGAGGAACCUCAUUGCCUACGAGCAGAGCUUAGGGAAUAACGAUUUGAAGAUUGUGACCGAUUACGUGACUUUGUUGUAUUGUAUAAUCAAAUCGCCCAGAGAUGUGAGCUUGUUAAGAAGGUAUGGGAUCAUAAACAAUAUGGUGGGGGAUGAUGAGGCGGUUUCAAACACUUAUAGCAAUACCUCGUCGUGCGUGUUUGUAUCGCACGAUCGGUUUUGCUACAAGGAAGUGUUCAAUGAAGUGAACGCGCAUUGUAAGCGGCGACGCAAUAUUUGGGAGGCGAAGUUGAGGAGGAAUUACUUCAAUAGCCCUUGGACUAUCAUAUCAUUUCUAGCUGCCCUUUUUCUGCUUAUGCUAACUUUCCUACAAACUAUGGUUACAGUUCUGCCUUAUUUGGCACAUCUCCAUGCUGCUCUAGUUAACUAACAUAAGCCUUGUGAUGCAUUUCAAGAAGAACAAUAACAAACGAGACAAACGAGACGUUUGAUAAUAAUCGUCGAAACACUUUAUCAGGUUAAGAGUUUAAAUUCUACUUAUGUUUUAUUUGUAAGUGUGUCGUUUGAAGACUAAGACUCUUUCACAAUGACUUUUCAUUUGGACUAUUGAUGCUUUUAAUAAUUGUAAUUGUUUGGAUGAGGCCGUCUCGACGACUCUAAGAUUGUAAGACGACUCUAAGAUUGUAGGAGAACAUUGAGU